AUGGCUGGUCCCGGUCCUGGCGGCCCCGGCCAAGGCGCUGCGCCUGGCUCUGGACCUGGCGGUCCCGGACCGGGUCCAGGUGGAGCUGGGUCAGGAGGCCCACCGCCCCCGCCAAGCCAUCCAAUGAACCCGGCUGCAACAGCCGCGGCGGCGCACCACCACCAGGCGCAGGCCCAAGCCGCCCAACAGCAACAGCAGCAACAUCAACAACAGCAGCACGCCGGCAUGCAACCGCAGCACCCUGCGCACGCUGCAGCUGCAGCUGCAGCGGCGCAUCAGGCGCAGGCGCAGGCGGCCGUCGCCGCUUCAAGCGCCCGCCUGGCAGACCUGCUCGAGUUUGUCAAGCACGAGUUCGACCUGCUCGGUAACGAUGCGGCGCAGCUCAAGGGCCAGAGGGACGAAUUUGAGCAUAUGAUCUCCAAUCAGGUCGGUGAAGUACAGCGCAUGCAACAGCACAUUGUAGAGCUCGAAAAGAGGCACAGCGCCAUGGCUGGGCAGUACGAAGAGGAAAUUAAACGGCUGCGGAACAUGCUCGAUGUACGCGCUUCUUCAGUCGGACCGCCUCCGCACAUGGGCCCACCCGGCACGGCGCGCAUCGAUAGUUCGGCGGAGAUGCGCGAGCGAGAGCGCGACGGCGGCGCACCGCACCUGCCGCUCUCGUUUGACCGGCGCGCUGCGGCUUCUGCGGCCGAGGAGGAGCGCAUGAAUGGUUACGAGCGUGAGCAGGGAGAGCGCGACAGGGAUAGGGAUGGUAGGCCGUUCGGCGGGCCGGAAAAGCGCAUGCGUAUCGAGCGUGAGCGCGACCGCGAGUGGGACCGCGAUAGCCUCCGGGACCGGGAAGUGCGGGAGCGGGAGUUGACCAGCGGCAGCACAGGCAAGGGCAAUGGGCGAAGCGGGGGAGCUGGCAGCCCGAUCCCCUCAUCGAACCACUCAGCGUCGGGCAAGGAUUCGGCGCGCUACGGCGCCGUCUCGGCCGCUUCGCCGCGCGGCCUGCCGCUUAUGCACGGCCGACACGCGUCACCUGGCCGCGAGCGCGGGUCGAUGCUGCCCACUGGCGGGGAGCAAGCGGCUGCAGCUGUUGUGGCGGGUAAUGCGUCGCUGGCGAACCUGAGCGAUCUGGAUCCGGACGAGGUGCCGAAGGAUCUUAAGAAGGAAGGCAGCGACUGGCUCGCCAUCUUCAACCCAAAGGUCAAACGCGUGCUUGAUGUCAAUCUGGUGCACACACUCAUGCACGAAAGCGUCGUCUGUUGCGUUCGCUUCUCCCCUGACGGCAAAUAUCUAGCUACAGGCUGUAACAAAAGCGCGCAGAUCUACGAUACCAAGACGGGCGCCAAGAGCUGCGUCCUGUCCGAACAGCCGCCGAACAGCAAGGGUGACCUAUACAUCCGCAGCGUCUGCUUCUCGCCCGAUGGCAAGUACCUAGCGACCGGCGCCGAGGAUCGGCAGAUCCGGAUAUGGAAUAUCGCGACCAAGAAGGUCAAGCACCUGCUGCAAGGCCACAAGCAGGAAAUAUACUCGCUUGAUUGGAGCCGCGACGGGCGCAUCAUCGCGUCCGGCAGUGGCGACAAGACUGUGCGCAUCUGGGACGUUGACAGCGGCGAGCUGAUGCACACGCUUUACACCAGCCCCGGCAUGGAGCAUGGCCCGAGCGAGGCGGGCGUCACGAGCGUCAGCAUUAGCUCCGACAGCCGGCUCGUCGCGGCCGGCGCGCUUGACACGCUCGUGCGCGUCUGGGACGCCAAGACGGGACGCCAGCUGGAGCGGCUCAAGUCGCACAAGGACAGCAUCUAUAGCGUCAGCUUUGCGCCUGACGGAAAGAGCCUCGUCUCGGGUAGCCUCGACAAGACGCUCAAGAUGUGGGACCUCACGGACACCUACCACGCCCUCAACGAGGGUAGGUACCCGCCUGAUACCGGCCGCGACGACGACCGGCUCGGCAACGCCAGCUGCGCCGUCACGUUUUUGGGGCACAAGGACUAUGUCCUCUCCGUCUCGUGCUCGCCCGACGGCCAGUGGGUCGCGUCUGGAAGCAAAGACCGCGGCGUGCAGUUUUGGGAUCCAAAGACGGCCGAAACGCAGUGCGUCCUCCAGGGGCACAAGAACUCGGUCAUUGCCAUCAACCUCUCGCCCGCUGGCGGACUGCUUGCCACUGGCUCUGGCGAUUUCAAGUGA